CGGGGUGAGGAGGUUCAAAGCUUUCACUUAUUUCGUCGCGCACUUUCCUGUUGUGGCGUGUGCGUGUGCGCAUGUGUGUGUCUCUCUCUCUCUCCUUCUCUCUCUGUGCGUGUUACUUCCCCGGGUUGCAUGGAGGACCUGUUAUCAGUGUGAAUGUUGUGUGUCUCCGGAGAAGCAGCGUCCAAAGACUGAGGGAACCCAUGCGGUUCUUGCCAUGACUCGACCCGCCAAGCUGAGCUUUCACACGGCGUGGAUCUUUCUUUGGCUGGCGCAGCUGACCACAGGUUUAAAAUGUGUGUGCCAGCUGUGCGACGACCACGUUUGCGAGACGUCCGCAGACGGCGCCUGCUGGAACUCUGUCAUGUUGAUUGACGGCCGAGAGGAGACGAUGCAGUUGUGCCUGUCGCCCCUGGAGAUGAGAGGCCAGGUGUUCUGCUACAGCUCCCCCAACGUCUCCAAGAGGAACUGCUGCUUCACCGACUUCUGCAACAACGAGACCCUCCACUUACAGCCCGAGCGGCCUUUGGAAGAUCCAGACAGCAGCAGCAGCAGGUUGCAUCUGGCCGUGAUGAUAGUGGUGCCCGCCUGCCUGCUGUGUGCGGUCAUCACCCUGGGGGUCUUUCUGCUGCAGAGUCGGCGCUGCUUCUACAGCAGGGCCCAUAAACACGACCCGGAGGAGGACCUGGACGACCACAUGCUCAUGUCACCUGACAAAUGCCUCAAAGAUCUCAUCUAUGACAUGAGCACCUCUGGCUCUGGAUCAGGACUCCCUCUGCUGGUGCAAAGAACCAUAGCCCGGACCAUCGUCCUCCAGGAAAGCAUUGGGAAGGGCCGCUUCGGAGAGGUGUGGCGGGGAAAGUGGCGAGGAGAGGACGUUGCGGUGAAAAUCUUCUCCUCCAGGGAUGAGAGGUCGUGGUUCCGUGAAGCGGAGAUUUAUCAGACCAUUAUGCUCCGACAUGACAACAUCCUGGGCUUUAUUGCGGCUGACAACAAAGGUAUGGCAACCAAUCGCUUUAACGUAGGCGUCAUCAUGAUGACAUGCUACAAUAUUUCAGAUAAUGGCUCCUGGACUCAGCUUUGGUUGGUGUCGGAGUACCACGAGCAUGGAUCGUUGUUCGAUUACCUGAACAGACACACCGUGUCAGUGGAAAGCAUGAUGGUUCUCGCUUUGUCCAUAGCCAGCGGUCUGGCUCACCUCCACAUGGAAAUCAUUGGUACCCAAGGGAAACCAGCCAUCGCUCACAGGGACCUCAAGUCUAAAAAUAUCCUGGUGAAGAAAAACGGCACCGCGGUCAUUGCAGAUUUGGGUUUGGCGGUGAAACACGACUCCAGCAGUAACAGCAUCGACAUACCAUCCAAUCACAGAGUGGGAACCAAGAGGUACAUGGCCCCUGAAAUCCUGGAUGAGACGAUCAACAUGAAUAACUUUGAGUCAUUCAAGCGAGCGGAUAUCUACUCGUUGGGUCUGGUUUUGUGGGAACUGGCCCGAAGAUGCUCCGAUAGAGGACUUCAGGAGGAUUUCCAGCUGCCUUAUUAUGACCAGGUGCCUUCAGAUCCAUCUAUCGAGGACAUGAAGAAGGUGGUGUGUGAGCAGAAACUCAGACCAAACAUUCCGAACCAGUGGCAGAACUGUGAGGCCCUGCGCGUGAUGGGCAAAGUGAUGAGGGAGUGCUGGUACGCCAACCCCGCAGCACGACUGACUGCUCUACGGGUCAAAAAGACCGUGUCUCAACUGACCAACAUCAGCGGCGUCAAGGAUUAGCACCGUGGGGCUGUCGGACUGGGAAUCACACAAAGGAAAGUAUCGGGAGAUCUGAUUGAGGUUCUUCGUGCCAAAGACUUGUUGGGAGGUGCCUGUGGCAGCUUAGCACACCGAUGUUGAAAGCAAACAUUUGUGAGAAGGAGCCAUGUCGUGAAUGUAAAAAAGUGUGUCAUAUAGAAACAGAUCUACUUUUGCUACCUCAGAUAUUUAAGUGCCCAGCGCUAGCUAAACCUUUUUGUGCCAUUUGUCGUAGCAGACCGUGUUGCUGCGUAUGUAGAGUGCUAUUUGCAAAGGUUACUUUAUAAGACAGCCAUGCUUACUUCGAAAUUGCACUUUUAUAGGACAGCCCUAAUAAUGUGUAUUAAGCUUUGUAUUUCAUACUUCAAAACAGAAGGCAGCAUUGAUCCUGCACCACUAUUUUAACAUAAUAAGAGCAUAUUCUUAUCAUUAUCAUCAUCUUAAUUUACACUGGAACCUCUAUAGGCAAACACAGUUGGGUCAACUUAUGAUUUGGAUAUAUUUUUAAAAAAGGGAAAUAAUACACAGCCAAAUUACGUCUUAAUCCAAAUUUCUAAAUUCCUUUCUUUUAAACUUCAACAUGGAAAGUGUACCUGGCAACAUGACUUGCAGCGCUAUUGUGGCACGCUUCCGUCGCCAAAAUAGUCACAUGCAAUCUCUAGCGUGUACAAAGCCAUCCAAACAUCACAACACAUGACACACACUUACUGCACCAUGUGGGCGUACAAACCUGUCUACACACAAUAUCCAUGCAACAAAAAAAAAUACUCCGAAAAUCCUGCCGCAAGGUAUGCUGGGUAGCUGACCGUGUUUGGUCACAUUUUUGCUUGAUUGCAAAAUAUGUUGAGGUUGCUAUAGAAGUAAACAAGGAGUUAACAUACUCUUGAUAUCCAAUGUUUUAUUGGUCAUAGUUCAUAGCUGGGCUACCCAGCAUACCUUGCGGGAAUUUGGAAAUAACAUUUAUCCUAUAUUAUUUUAUUAUCCUCAUGUCGGUCGCAGGAGUGCUGGAGCCUAUCCCAGCUGUCUUCGGGCAAGAGCUGGGGUACACCCUGGACUGGUCGCCAGCCAAUCACAGGGCACAUAUAGACAAACAACCAUUCACACUCACAUUCAUACCUUCAUACCACACUAACUGCACCAUGUGGGCAUACAAACCUAUCUACGCACAAUACCCAUGCAAAAAUAAAAACAUCAUAUAAUCCUGCCGCAAGGUAUGCUGGGUAGCUGACCGUGUUUGGUCACAUUUUUGCUUGAUUGCAAAAUAUGUUGAGGAGGUUGCUAGAGAAGUAAACAAGGAGGAGUUAACAUACUCUUGAUAUCCAAUGUUUUAUUGGUCAUAGUUCAGUGUUGUUGCAGCUGGGCUACCCAGCAUACCUUGCGGGCAUUUGGAAAUAAUUUAUCCUAUAUUCUUUUAUUAUCCUCGUCACGGUCGCGGGGGUGCUGGAGCCUAUCCCAGCUGUCUUCGGGCGAGAGCUGGGGUACACCCUGGACUGGUCGCCAGCCAAUCACAGGGCACACAUAAUGACACAAAACAUUGAGACAUUACCUUACAUUAUAUUACCUUAAACGCUGCAUGAAGUCAAGAAGGCGGCCUUUAUUCUCCCAUUUUGUGUGGAAGUGGUACGUCUUUGGCUUCUGAAGUUGAGAAGAAACAAAUUAGAGGUUAACUGGUUAGCCUGCUAGCUUGCUAGAGUUGCACAGUUUGGUGUCAACAAAGAGUGUGUGGGAGUUAUUGGGUGUCUGCAGGGCUCUAAUGCUAAGAAAGUCAAACAGGUUUAUUGUGCUGUAACUACAAAAAUAUUCCAUUAAUUAACAUUGAAUUCUAUGUCGAUAUUAGAGGUUCCAUUGUAGAUUCCAUUAUACACAUUUGGUCAAAAUCAAAGCAAGAGAGAGAAAAAUAAGAGAUUUAAGGUGGUCAAGCUGGCUCUUUACUGCCUUGUUAGGAUUCUAUUGUUAUUAAGUUGUUAAAUACCAUAUAUUGUCCAUUGAUUGUGUUUGGUAGUGAUAUGCUACGAGAGAAAUAAUGUUUUUUUUUAAGUAUUUUGCACAGUUAAUGCAUUCCGUUGCUGAAAAAAAGAGCUGUUUUCCGACAGCCGAAUGCUAAAGCUCAUCCUCGAAUGUGAAAUGUAUGUUGCAUAUAUUUAUUCACUUUUUUUUUUUUUUACUGCUAUAAAACCAAAGUUGCCUGUC